GUAUGGAAACGAGAUUUCAGUGAAGACAUUAAAUUAUAAGAAGAAAAAACAUACAUAACCGUUCAAAAAUAAAAUUAAACCGGGACCACUGAAAUUUUGGGAAGAAAAGGACGCGCGGUACUGGAAACGAGCAGACAGACAGGUGUACGUCUCCACAUGGAGUUCCCAGAUGAUCCAGCUGGGUUUAGAGACCCCAGACACAUCCGAUUGUACAACGAGUCUCUUUUCCCAAAUAAUUUAAGCGGGUAUCACGAUACAGACCCCUUCCUGCCCGCAAGUGUGAAGAUCACAAUUGUUGUGGUGUACAUGAUCGUCUGUGUAGUUGGGCUCGUGGGAAACUGUCUGGUCAUGUAUGUCAUCAUCAGGUACACAAAGAUGAAGACGGCCACCAACAUCUACAUCUUCAACCUGGCUCUAGCUGACUCGUUGGUCCUGGCCACGCUCCCGUUCCAGGGAACAGAUGUCUUCCUGGGCUUCUGGCCCUUCGGGAACGUUCUGUGCAAGGUGGUCCUCUCCAUCGACUACUACAACAUGUUCACCAGCACCUUCACCCUCACCAUGAUGAGUGUGGACCGCUACAUUGCUGUCUGCCACCCAGUCAAGGCACUGGAUAUGCGCACGCCGCACAAGGCCAAGGUCAUCAACAUCUGCAUUUGGGUUCUGGCAUCUGCUAUCGGGGUACCCGCCAUGAUGCUGGGGGAUGUGGAAGUGGAGGCAGAGGUCAAUGGCACCGAGUGCAUCGUGAUCCUGCCCGACCCGCGCAGCUACUGGGACCCGGUGUUCGGCACCUGCGUCUUCCUCUUCUCCUUCCUCAUCCCGGUGGCCAUCAUCAGCGUGUGCUACAGCCUGAUGGUCAAGCGCCUGCGCAGCGUCCGCAUCCUGUCCGGCUCCAAGGAGAAGGACCGCAACCUGCGGCGCAUCACGCGCAUGGUGCUGGUGGUGGUGGCCGUCUUCGUGGUGUGCUGGACGCCCAUCCAGAUCAUGGCGCUGGCCCAGUCGCUGGGGGUCAACCUGGGCAGCCUGCUGACCGUUGCCCUGCUGCACUACUGCAUCGCGCUGGGCUACGUCAACAGCAGCCUCAACCCCGUCCUCUACGCCUUCCUGGACGAGAACUUCAAGCGCUGCUUCCGGGAGUUCUGCUACCCGUCGGCCUUCCGGCUGGACAUGCAGCAGUCCAGUCGCAUGCGGAGCAUCGCCAGGGAGGUGGCCUACAACUGCAAGACUGCGGACGGCAAUAGCAACCCCGCCUGACUAGGCGUGGAGCUGCCCCUGGUCGGCACAGAGCCGCCCAAGGCCGGCAAUUCCAACACCGAACUCACCCAGAU